AUGGAAAGUAUGUACUAUGUCGUGGAGGCCAUAGUGGAGUUUGACUACCAAGCCCAGCACGAUGAUGAGCUGACGAUCAGCGUGGGUGAGAUCAUCACCAACAUCAGGAAGGAAGAUGGAGGCUGGUGGGAGGGACAGAUCAAUGGCAGGAGAGGUUUGUUCCCUGACAACUUUGUAAGAGAAAUAAAGAAGGAAAUGAAGAAAGACCCUCUCGCCAGCAAAGCUCCAGAGAAGCCCAUGCACGAAGUAUCCAGUGGCAACUCCUUGCUGUCUUCGGAAACGAUUUUAAGAACCAACAAGAGAGGUGAGCGACGGAGGCGCCGAUGCCAGGUGGCAUUCAGCUACCUGCCUCAGAACGACGACGAACUUGAGCUGAAAGUUGGUGACAUCAUAGAGGUGGUAGGAGAGGUAGAAGAAGGAUGGUGGGAAGGUGUUCUCAAUGGAAAGACUGGAAUGUUCCCUUCCAAUUUCAUCAAGGAGCUGUCAGGAGAGUCAGACGACCUCGGCAUUUCCCAGGAUGAGCAGCUCUCCAAGUCAAGUUUACGGGAAACCACUGGCUCCGAGAGCGAUGGCGGUGACUCGAGCAGUACCAAAUCUGAAGGCGCCAACGGAACUGUCGCAACUGCUGCAAUCCAACCGAAGAAAGUUAAGGGAGUGGGCUUUGGAGAUAUUUUCAAAGACAAGCCAAUAAAACUAAGGCCAAGGUCGAUUGAAGUAGAAAAUGACUUUCUCCCAGUGGAAAAGACUAUUGGGAAGAAGUUACCUCCAACAGCAGCAACUCAAGAAUCAUCAAAACCAGAAAUGGACAGCAGGACAAAGACCAAGGAUUACUGCAAAGUCAUAUUUCCAUAUGAGGCACAGAACGACGAUGAAUUGACAAUCAAAGAAGGCGACAUAGUCACUCUCAUCAAUAAGGACUGCAUCGACAUAGGCUGGUGGGAAGGAGAGCUCAACGGCAGACGAGGAGUGUUCCCUGAUAACUUUGUGAAGUUACUCCCACCGGACUUUGAAAAGGAAGGCAGUAGACCCAAGAAGCCGCCUCCUCCGUCAGCUCCUGUCAUCAAACAAGGGGCAGGCACCACUGAGAGAAAACAUGAGAUUAAAAAGAUACCUCCUGAAAGACCAGAAACGCUUCCAAACAGAACAGAAGAAAAAGAAAGACCAGAGAGAGAGCCAAAACUGGAUUUACAGAAGCCCUCCGUUCCUGCCAUACCACCAAAAAAACCUCGGCCACCUAAGACCAAUUCUCUCAAUAGACCUGGUGCGCUGCCCCCAAGAAGGCCGGAACGACCAGUGGGUCCUCUGACCCAUGCCAGGGGUGACGGUCCAAAGAUCGACUUGGUGGGCAGUGCAAUUUCUGGCAUCCUGGACAAGGAUCUCUCAGACCGCAGCAAUGACAUCGACCUAGAAGGUUUUGACUCCGUGGUGUCAUCUACUGAGAAACUCAGUCACCCAACCACAAGCCGACCAAAAGCUACCGGGAGGCGGCCUCCAUCCCAGUCCCUCACGUCUUCAUCCCUGUCAAGCCCUGAUAUCUUUGACUCUCCAAGUCCAGAAGACGACAAAGAGGAACACGUUUCACUUGUGCACAGAGGAGCAGACGCAUCAAAGAAAACUUCAAAGACUGUUACCAUAUCCCAAGUGAGUGACCAGCCCUGGCUAGGUGUCCUGGCAGCGAAUGAGCCCUGCCUUUCCGCACAGGCUUUAAAGACAGGCUGGGAGAAAUAG